AAUUAAAAAAACAGAAAAUAUAACACCCUAACUAAAAUUUCGCAAAAAUCAAAGAUCAUAAAAUGUCCUACAUAUAAUACAAGAACAAAAACGACCGCACCAUCAAAACGCUACCGUUUUAUCAAAAACCACAACGGACCAAUUCCACCCAUAUAGACCACACACUCCAUCUCCCUUUCGAACCCUAAUUUCAUUUCUCCAUCCUCAUUUCUCUCUCCUCCAUCAUCAAUGGCGUCGCGAAGACUGGUACACUCUUUCGCUCGCUCUCUUCGCCGAUCUUCAAGACCAUCUCUAUCUUCUCCCAAACCAUCCUCUUACAAACGGCCUUCAUCUCGCGGUUAUCUUCUCAACAGAGUCGCUGAUUAUGCCUCAUCUUCCGCAGCUGCUGCUCCGCCUUCUUCUUCUCCUGUGAAAUCUGGAACUUCUGGUUCCGGGAAAAUCACCGAUGAUUUUACCGGAAAAGGGGCUAUCGGAAAGGUUUGUCAGGUGAUUGGUGCCGUCGUGGAUGUUCGAUUUGAUGAGGGUUUGCCCCCGAUCCUGACUGCCCUUGAGGUUCUUGAUAAUCAGAAUCGAUUGGUUCUUGAGGUUGCCCAGCAUUUGGGUGAGAGUAUGGUUAGAACUAUUGCUAUGGAUGGUACUGAAGGUCUUGUUCGUGGUCAACCUGUUUUGAAUACUGGAUCUCCUAUUACUAUUCCUGUUGGAAGAGCUACCCUUGGUCGUAUCAUGAAUGUCAUUGGAGAGCCAAUUGAUGAAAGGGGAGAAUUCAAGACCGACCACUAUUUGCCCAUUCACAGAGAGGCACCAGCUUUUGUUGAACAAGCAACUGAGCAGCAGAUCCUUGUUACUGGGAUUAAGGUCGUCGAUCUCCUAGCUCCAUACCAAAGGGGAGGAAAGAUUGGGCUGUUUGGAGGUGCUGGUGUCGGUAAAACUGUGCUUAUUAUGGAGCUGAUCAACAAUGUUGCCAAAGCUCAUGGUGGUUUCUCUGUGUUCGCUGGAGUUGGUGAGCGUACCCGUGAGGGUAAUGACUUGUACAGAGAAAUGGUUGAGAGUGGUGUCAUCAAGCUAGGUGACCAGCAGGCUGAAAGCAAAUGUGCUCUUGUCUACGGUCAAAUGAAUGAGCCUCCAGGUGCUCGUGCCCGUGUUGGACUAACUGGAUUGACAGUUGCUGAGCACUUCCGUGAUGCUGAGGGACAAGAUGUGCUGCUCUUUAUUGAUAACAUUUUCCGUUUUACCCAAGCCAACUCAGAGGUGUCUGCUUUACUUGGACGUAUUCCCUCUGCUGUCGGUUAUCAACCAACCUUAGCUACUGAUCUUGGAGGUCUUCAAGAGCGUAUUACGACCACCAAGAAGGGUUCCAUUACGUCUGUACAGGCUAUUUAUGUGCCUGCUGAUGACUUGACAGAUCCUGCUCCUGCCACAACAUUUGCUCACUUGGAUGCCACAACUGUGCUGUCCCGACAGAUUUCUGAGCUUGGUAUCUACCCUGCUGUCGACCCUCUUGAUUCUACAUCUCGUAUGCUUUCUCCUCACAUUUUGGGUGAGGAGCAUUACAACACUGCCCGUGGAGUGCAGAAAGUUCUUCAGAACUACAAGAAUCUCCAGGAUAUCAUUGCCAUUUUGGGUAUGGAUGAGUUGAGUGAAGAUGACAAAUUAACUGUGGCUCGUGCUCGUAAGAUUCAGAGAUUCUUAAGUCAGCCCUUCCAUGUUGCUGAGGUUUUCACGGGUGCUCCUGGCAAGUAUGUGGAGUUGAAGGAAAGCAUUACCAGUUUCCAGGGUGUCUUGGACGGUAAAUACGAUGACCUUUCUGAGCAAUCUUUUUACAUGGUUGGAGGAAUUGAAGAGGUUAUUGCCAAGGCUGAGAAGAUUGCCAAGGAAUCUGCAGCUUAAGAAAUCUGAGAUAGUAUGUUUUAUUUUUUGACUCUUCUUUGGCCCUUUGCCAUGAUAAUUGCCAUAAUAAUUUUAGGUUGACAAUGGCUUUACCAGCUCCAGAGUUUAGAAGGAUUUUUUUGGGGAAGCCAAACAAAUGAACAAGGGUUUUUGCAUUUUGUGUUGUUUAUCUUUGAUGUAAGAGUUUGGUGAUGAUGAUGCUCUAUCGAAGCAGAACUCUGUAGUGCAGAUGCUGCUAGCCUGUUAGUACUAUUCCUCCCAGUCAUUGAAUAAUUUGAGAGCAGGGGACAUGAUAAUGAACACUUGUAUAUUUGUUUUGUUUCCAUAGUUGAAAUUUUGAAUGUUUCAA